AGCCUCUGCGCCCAGCUGCCGCCCGAGCAGCGGUCCGCGCGCUGCCGCCAUCUUAGGAGGUCGCCAUGUUCUCGUCCAUCGCGCCGCUCGCCCGGCUCAAUCCCUUCUACGCGCCGCACUUCCAGCUGGUCCAGGACGGGGUGAGGAAGCGCGCGGAGCCAGCGGAGGCGUCUCCUACUCGGCGGAGCUUGGCGGCCGCAUCCGCCGCUGAAGAAUACAGCUGUGCAUAUGGCUCGGGCAGAUUCUUUAUGCUUUGUGGCCUUGGUGGGAUUAUUAGCUGUGGAACAACACAUACAGCACUGGUUCCUCUAGACCUGGUUAAAUGCAGAAUACAGGUUGAUCCACAAAAAUACAAGAGCAUCUUCAACGGAUUUUCAGUGACAGUCAAAGAAGAUGGCGUUCGUGGCUUGGCUAAGGGAUGGGCUCCAACCUUUAUCGGAUAUUCCAUGCAGGGGCUCUGUAAAUUUGGUUUCUAUGAAGUUUUCAAAAUCCUAUAUGGCAACAUGCUGGGAGAGGAAAAUGCAUAUUUGUGGCGUACUUCGCUAUAUUUAGCUGCAUCUGCCAGUGCGGAGUUUUUUGCUGACAUUGCUCUGGCUCCAAUGGAAGCUGCUAAAGUUCGUAUUCAGACACAGCCUGGAUAUGCUAACACUCUGCGGCAGGCUGUACCUAAAAUGUUUGGAGAAGAAGGCAUCUGGGCUUUCUAUAAAGGUGUUGCUCCACUAUGGAUGAGACAGAUUCCAUACACAAUGAUGAAAUUUGCCUGCUUUGAACGUACUGUUGAAGCUCUCUACAAGUACGUUGUUCCCAAGCCACGAAGUGAAUGUUCAAAAGGAGAACAGCUGGUAGUCACAUUUAUUGCAGGCUAUAUUGCUGGUGUGUUCUGUGCAAUUGUUUCCCAUCCUGCUGACUCCGUGGUGUCUGUGUUGAACAAGGAAAAGGGCAGUUCUGCUUCACAGGUUCUUAUGAGGCUUGGAUUCAGAGGUGUAUGGAAAGGUCUGUUUGCUCGUAUCAUUAUGAUUGGUACCCUGACUGCACUACAGUGGUUCAUCUACGAUUCUGUGAAGGUUUAUUUCAGACUUCCUCGUCCACCUCCACCUGAAAUGCCAGAAUCUCUGAAGAAGAAGCUUGGUCUAACUGAAUAGACAACUCAUGGACUGACUAUGCUGGCUGUCCCAGUGAUGAGUUUCAUGAAACUUUUAUAUAUUUGACUAUGUAGAAAACAAACUCUAUAUGAUGUCAUUAUUGGCUGUGCCCUCAUCCCACAUGAGGGUUUAAAUUCUACCACUGUCAUUGCCUGAAAUAAAUGAGAAACAGAGUG